CGCGACUAGUAGUAGUAAUUGGAGUAUCGUCUAAGUGACCAUCUCCAUUCAUAUUUCACCAUAUUGACCGGAUUCAGCACAGUUUAUUUCUGAUCAUGCAGAUAAACUACAUCGAAGACCUGAGAUCAUGAUCAUCUGCAAAAAACAUGGUAUUCAAGUUUUAACCAAAAGGUCACCAGUAGUACAUUGAAAAUCAUUGACUGAGAAAUGGCGAUUUCACUGGGUUCUAUGAGCUCAGCUUCUAUUCCCAUGCAACAGACACCUGUGGGGAAUCCGGACUUUGUAAAGCUUGAUCCAAAGUACAAAUGCUUGAAAUGCAGGAAGGUACUAAGAGAUGCAGUACAAACACUUUGCGGUCACCGGAUGUGUGAGAUCUGUGCAUUCAAAGCAUUUGAUGAGCCACCACCUAUCCGAUGUCCUGGGAAUGAAGACACGUGUGUUCCAAUUCUGCAAAAAGAGGAGAUAUUCAGAGACCCCAGCGCACGACGUGAGAUCAGGACACUUCCUGUGUAUUGUACUUACAAGAAUCAAGGAUGUCAGUUAGAAAUGCAAUGGAAACAACUAGAGGAACAUGAGUUGAGCUGCGAGUACAAGCCGGUACAGUGCAGUUUUGUUAGGAAUGGAUGUGGUGUAUGUACCAUCAUACAGAAACUAGAGGAACACCUUAAGGAGUGUGAAUACAGAAAUAUAACCUGUACCUUCUGUAGAGAUGAUAUCAUCUUUAAUCAGAAACAGGAGCAUGAAUCAGCUAAGUGCAGAAAAUUUCCGAUUCCCUGUCCAAAUGGUUGCGGUAUUGAAAAACUACCUAGAGAUGAAAUGCGAGAACAUGAACCAGAAUGUCCAAAAAAACCCAUUCACUGUAAAUUUACCAAUGUUGGAUGUGAAUUUUCUGGAUCAAAAGAAGAUGUGAAAAAGCAUGAACAGGAAUCAAUUGACCAUCACCUACAGCUUACCACUGUGUAUACGGCCAGCAUUGACCUGCAGAGUAUGGAGAUCCGAAGGGAGAUACAGGAUAUCUCUGCAAGUCGGGAAAGCUACAAGAGGACUGUUGACCUGUGUCUGAAGGAAGUGACCACUGUAAAAGAUGGCUUGGAAGUCAGCAAAAUGGCUGUCAAGGAUAUGAAGCUGAAAGCUGUUGCCCUCACUGAAAGAGUGAUCCACCUGGAAAGACGAGUAGAAGAUUUGGCAAAGAAAGACACGGUAGAAAAACAGGGAAGAGACAUCCAGACCCUGCGGGAUGGACAGACAAAUAUCUCUGACAGAGUGACGCAGAUCGAGCGAAAUGGACUCGGCGGAGGACAGGGGGAGGGUGUCCCAGGUAAUGUUGCUAACCAGUUGCAGAACCAUGAAAGACAGAUUGGACUGAUGGAUGUCCGUGUGGCUGAAUUAGACCUCAGACUCCAGAUACACGAGACUGCCUCCUUCAAUGGGGUUUUGAUGUGGAAAAUCAGAGAUUAUGCUAGAAGGAAGCAGGAAGCCAUUACAGGCAGGACACUUUCUUUGUACAGCCAGCCCUUUUACACAAGUCAAUUCGGAUACAAGAUGUGUGCUCGUGUGUAUCUGAAUGGAGAUGGCAUGGGCAAAGGCACACAUAUGUCACUCUUCUUUGUGGUGAUGAGAGGGGAUUUUGACACCCUCCUUCCGUGGCCGUUCCAGCAGAAGGUGAACAUGAUGCUACUAGAUCAGGACACGGGAGCGAGACACCUGUCAGACACCUUCAGACCUGAUCCCAACAGCAACAGCUUCCGAAGACCACAGACAGAGAUGAAUAUCGCAUCAGGCUGUCCCCUUUUUGUCUCUCACACUGUGCUGGAAACAAGAACGUACCUUCAUGAAGACACUAUCUUUAUCAAAAUCGAUGUGGACAUCAAUGGAAUCAAUCCUCCCUAACAAAUGCUUGCCUCAUUUCUUUCAGCGCGGUGUUUGUGCGCUCAUUACAGCUAAUAUGAAAGACUCUCUAUGCUAUGCAGUAAAAGAUUAUGGUAAUGGUAAAAUGUGGCUUAAAACUGAAUGCAAGGAAAUGAUCUCUCUCAGUCAGCGACUUAUUACUAGCAUUGUAGCUUUAUUGAACCACUCUUUAUUUCCAUCCUCCAUCCUGUUUGCCAUUACUUUUAAACCCUUGUUCCAACAUCACCAUCUUCAUGGGAAUUUAUCCUCCACCAAACACGUUAUUCUGGCUGUUAAUGAAAGGAAAAUGAGGCUCAAGAUAAUGUUUUCUUCCCAGAAGGCUGUUACCUUGGCGUGGUUGGGAAGCUUGGACACCUUCAAUAUAAUAUCUAAGUCUAUAACAGAAACAUCAAAAAUUGGUAGAAGGUUAUACAAAACACAGUCUUGGAUCAUUGAUAAUUAUUGUAUAAGUCUAUGUAAACCAUGUACAAUUUUGUUACGAAACAAUGUAACUUUGCAUAAGAUACAUGUAAAGUGUACAUGUGUUACAUAUGUUGUCUAUGUAUGUUAUAGCUGUGAAUCAGACUGCUAAUUCACAGUAUGGUUUUUAAUGAUGUACGAACAGGUGUUUUGUCACAUUUCUAUUGUUAUAAUAGAUUAUGUAGGUGUAAGAGGAUUUUAAAAUCCUAUCAAAAAGUUAAAAAAAAUUGUCAGUAUCAAGGCUCUGUGUUGAUUCUUACCCAAACUUUGACAUGACGAUUAAAUGUUUAUAUCUCCCAUACCAAUAAAAUAUUUUACUGGGUUCUUUUCCCUAUGCCAUUGCUGAGGUAAUAGUCCAGAAACUCCUCUUUUCUGUCCACUGUGCUUUAAAUGAUAAAAUCUUACUUCCUCUGUAUGACAUCAUUCAACAGUGACUAUAACAACAACAAAAAAAAACAAAAAAAAUGUGUUUUAUAGACCAUCGAUACUUAUCACACGUAGAUAUGGCGGAGUUUCUAUGUUGUGCUUUGCUUGAUAAGUAACUGACUGAGAGAAAUCAUUAAAAUGACAUUCAGGAAAGCAUGGGGCCAGGAUAUCUAAUUGGUCAAUUUAAUAUGAAACGUGAUUCAAAUUGCACACUAGAAUUAUUUGUACAAGCUAUAUAUGUUAUGUUGACAAUGCAUAAAAUAUGUAUGUUGCUGAAAAUGCAUUUUAAAAUGCUUUUCAAAUUUACUGAAACAUGACUAUAACCAGCAAAAACAAUAAUGUGGAGUUGACUAUAAAUUAAUUAAUGCAAUUUGACUUUCACUUCCUGUGAAAGUUAUGUCAUUUAAGUAUACCGGUGUGUUAUCUUCUGUAAUUGUAUAUAGGAAAUUUCUCAGUGCAGUUUUUCAGUCAUUGCUUUUGUUUUCCAUAAUGAGGGUGCAUUGAAUUGUUAUGACAGUGAAUAUUAGCACACAGCAUAGCUCAGAUAUUAUUGGUGAUUACAUGUGAAGAGAGAAUUGAACACUGGGCAGAUGUAGCUUUUACUAAUGAAGGGUGAAUCUGGGACUGGGAAAGUUUCCUGGUAUACAUUAUCCCCUUUGUUGUUACACUCACACAUUGCAACUAUGAUCGUUUUCGAGAGAGAUGUCUUUUAAUAUCAGAUUAACUCUGGUAAUAACUAGAUGUCCAUGAUAAAGGGCUAGAGGUCAGACUGAUCUUUUCUCUUAUACCUGUGAAUGUUUGACAGAACUGUCUAGGGCAAGAAAAGGGGAGUAGGUCAUUUCUAUCUUGCACCCCAUUUUAUUUUUAUGACGCCACAAUGGUAUAACAAUUCACAAAAUCAGAAACAUUCUGAUGUCAAGAUGAGUAAAUUACAAUGCUUUUAUUGUGGUUCCUGAGCUAAUUCUGGUGAUUUGAAUGAGAAAGAAAUACUCUUUCAUGCCCAGGGAUGUAGGCAAGCCUCAGGUUUUACCCAGUUUGGAAACUCUGCUGGUGGAAUUUCCCUAUCUGACAUCCCCAGCCAUAAAAGAAUGUUAUGGUAAAACAUGUGUACAUGUACUAGGAACACUUUUAAUGUGACAACAUCCUAAUAUCAAUUUCAUCCGUGUCCAUGGUACAGGGUUAUCUCAUGAUCAUGGACAUCAGAAGUUGUAACAACAUUUUCCCCAAGGAGAAGUCAAGUAAUUUUUAGAAUGCCUGGGGUUCAUUAUUAACAUCUUUUUACGUACUGAAUACUUGGUAAGUUUGUAACAACACCUGUUAUCACAUUCCUGUUUUUAGUUUCAUAUGAUAUACAUUUAUAUUCUAAAUAACAUUCUUAUUUCAGAUUAAGUUUUCUAUUAUACAUUUAUAUUCUAAAUAACAUUCUUAUUU